UUGCAACUCCCAAUUCCCGAAACCUAUUACUGUAUUUCAGAAACAGAGUUUGAAUCGAUCAGAUUCCACACUCACAGAGAAAAGCUUUGAAGAUGUUGAGGCUGACGAGACUAUCCUCAGCUUCUGCAUUUCUCAGUUCAAGAAGCUCGUUAGUGAGACAAGACAAGCUGUUGAUCCCCCUCAUCUCUCAACACAAUCCUCCGUAUCAAUGCUCCUCCACCCGCUUCCUCGACAUUUACCAGCUUGGAAACAAGGCUGCAAUUGAGAAAGAACGCGCGAGGCUUACGGAUGAAAUGAGCCGGGGUUAUUUCGCUGACAUGUCAGAAAUGAAGAAACAUGGUGGUAAGAUUGCAAUGGCGAAUAAGAUUAUAAUACCAGCAAUAUCUGCUGUAAAGUUUCCUGCGUUGGAGGUGGCUUACUCAAACGGCUCGAGCCUUAAGCUGCCCAGUAUGUGCAGUGGAAAAGAUACUGACGCAGAUGUGCCAAGGGCAUCAUUGUUGUGUCUUUCUUUUCGCGCAAGCUCGGAGCCAAUGAUUCAUUCUUGGAGUGUGCCAUUUGUUGAUGCAUUCAAAGAUUCAAAUAAGGUCCACCUAUAUGAGAUAUCCUUUAUAGAUUCAUGGUUAUUAUCACGCAAUCCUAUGAAAAAGCUACUUCUUCGUGUAAUGAGGAAACCUAAGCCUAAUGGCCGGGAGGACGUAUUGCAGAGACAGAUCACAUACUCAUUUGGCGAUCAUUAUGAGUUCAGAAAAGAGCUCAAAAUACUGAACCUUUUGACAGGGUACAUCUUUUUGCUCGACGAAUUCGGUAGAAUACGAUGGCAGGGCUUUGGUUCAGCAACGCAAGAAGAGAUGUCAUCACUCUUGUCCUGUACCUCAAUGCUGCUACAAGAAGAAAGAAAUUGAGAAAAAGUUUAAUCCUUGGCUGAUUUCAUGUUUCUCAACUCUGUCAAAACGUGAUCCUAUGGGUGAUCGAUUCCCUUUCACUUUUACUUGCCAUACAUAAUAUACCCAAUCCUAUUACUGGUCGACACAUUGUUUGCUAUUAUCUAUGGACAUCUUCCAAUUUUAUAUACUUGAUGCUUUCAUAACACAACAAUAUAGAAAGUUCGCAGUAACUUCAUUGAAUA